UUGCUACGGCUUUCCUGGACAGUCUCACUGCACAAGUCCUGGAAUUUAAAAGCAAACUCUGCCAGCUGGAGUAGGGUAUUUAAGAAACCAGCUAUGAAGAAGAGAGAAAAUGACACCAAGGAUUUACAGCACUAAGGAAAAACAUGAACACCACAAAUGACAACUUAGCCAACCCCACCACCUGGCAAGACACUGAAGGUGAUUUUCCGAACUGCACUGGUGUGGAAGUCGAUCUGAAGACUUUGUACCUCCUCAUUACAUAUAGCAUCAUUUCCCUGGUGGGCUUCCUGGGAAACAUCAUUGUGAUUUAUGUUUCCAGCUUCAAGAUGAGGCCUUGGAAGAGCGGCACCAUAAUCACGCUGAACCUGGCACUCACAGACCUGCUGUACGUCACCAGCCUUCCCUUCCUGGUACACUGCUAUGCCAGUGGGGAGCACUGGAUCUUUGGUGAAUUCGUGUGCAAGUUCAUCCACUUUGGCUUCCACUUCAACUUAUACAGUAGCAUCCUCUUCCUCACCUGCUUCAGCACCUUACGCUACGUGGUGGUUGUCCACCCUACAAAGUUACCUUUGGCUACUGGGUCCUGCACACGGACUUGCUACAAACAAAAGGCUCGCAGACUCACUGUCCUCUUGGUGGUCUUCUCUGUGUGCUUCCUCCCUGUCCACGCCUUUCAGGUGGCUGGGGCUGAGCUAUGGUUCUGUCCAGUCAGCUGUCACAUGGAAAAGCAAAUCCACUCCACCUGUAUCAUCUCUCAGACACUGGCUGCACUCAACACUGGCAACCUACUGCUUUAUGUCGUGACUGGAGGUAACUUCCAGCAGGCCAUGCUCUCUCGUUCAAGGUGUAAAUGGAGCAAAUACGUCCAGCAGCCUGGGAGUUACAAUUACGUGACCAAGUCAGAAACUGCAUUAAAGUUAUGAAGGAAUCCUUUGAAGAAAAUCCCAGCAAACCCAGGGUGGCUUUGGCACUAUUAGCUCCUGCAGAGGCAGAUGUGUUGAUAUGGGAGCAAGAAUUGCAGCUGGCUUUCCCCUCUCCUGCAGUCGAGCACUUGUCAAAACGCUGUCUCAGAAGCAGGUUUAUAUAUACCUCUCUUAGCAACCAAAGAGAGAGGAAUGAAAAAAAAAAAGAUUGUAAGCCAACCUGAAGGUGAAAUUUGAAACCAUCCAACGAGACUGCUUCCAAAAACAUCUGGGAAACGCAGGGUUCUCUUGCUCUGGGCUUUGCAGUCGAUUAGAGAAACAUGGAGAGGUUAGCCUGGACAUCAGAACAACUUCCAUUGAUUCCAGCAUUGUCACUGAUGUAGAGCUUUGUUUAUUACAGCCUGAACAAAACACAGCAGAUAUUGUCACGGUUGCUGAAACCACUGAAUUAUAUAAUUAGAAAGCACCUAGAUAAAUCAGGUGUUUUCAUAUUAGAUGGACCUGAUGAACUUCAGCAUAGAGCACUGAGGGACUGAACAGUGAACUCUCAGAGCUGGCAUAGGGCAGGACAAGAGGAGCACCAGAGAAGGAUAUGCAUGGUGAAUACAAGGAGAUGGAUUUCUAUCUAUAUAUAGGUACAAGGAGAGAUAUAUAUGGAAAAAAUGGAGGAACAAGGAAUUAACAGUCACCUUAAUGUCCAUCUUAGAAAAUACUGAAACAGACAAUCAGAUGAUAAAUCUACAGAGAAUGAAUACAGGUGACUAUCAGCCAGUAUGGAUCUAUCAUGUACAAUCCCAGAUCAUUCUGGUUUCCUACUACAGCAGGUUAACAGGAUCAUACAUGAAGAAAAAGGUGAUGUCAUAUAUCUUGACUCCAGAAGAAGUUUUGACACUCUCUGAGA